GAUCAUUUGUGUUUUAGAAAGAUAAUUCUGGAGUACCAGAGAAAAAAUACAACUAAGAGUGUACUAGAGCGGAACUAGAGAGGCCAGGAGGGAGAUAAAGUCUUUGCUUUCACUUUUUGGAAGUCAGUUCACCAGCAGUCAGGAAACGUAUGGAAAGUCCCCAUUUUGGAUUCUUAGUAUUCCUUCUGAAGAUAUUGCAAGAAACUUAAUGAAACGAACAGUGUGUGCCAAGUCUAUAUUUGAACUGUGGGGUCAUGGAAAAUCUCCUGAAGAGCUGUACAGUUCUCUUAAAAAUUACCCUGUGGAGAAGAUGGUUCCAUUUCUACAUCCAGACUCUACGUAUAAAAUAAAGAUUCACACAUUUAAUAAAACGCUGACACAAGAAGAAAAAGUCAAAAGAAUAGAUGCACUUGAAUUUCUGCCAUUUGAAGGAAAAGUGAAUUUAAAGAAACCACAACAUAUAUUCUCUAUUUUGGAGGAUUAUGGUUUGGACCCAAACUGCAUCCCUGAGAAUCCACAUAAUAUUUAUUUUGGUAGAUGGAUCGCAGAUGGACAGAGAGAGCUUAUCGAGUCAUAUAGUGUCAAAAAGAGACACUUUAUUGGAAAUACAAGCAUGGAUGCUGGUUUAUCAUUCAUCAUGGCCAACCAUGGAAAAGUGAAAGAAAAUGAUAUUGUCUUUGAUCCAUUUGUUGGAACAGGUGGCCUCUUGAUAGCAUCUGCUCAUUUUGGUGCAUAUGUAUAUGGGACAGACAUAGACUACAACACAGUUCAUGGCUUGGGAAAAGCUACUAGGAAAAAUCAGAAAUGGAGAGGACCAGAUGAAAACAUUAGGGCAAAUCUUCGCCAAUAUGGUUUAGAGAAGUAUUACCUUGAUGUCCUGGUUUCAGAUGCAUCUAAACCUUCCUGGAGGAAGGGCACAUAUUUUGAUGCAAUCAUCACUGAUCCUCCAUAUGGAAUCAGAGAAUCUACAAGAAGAACAGGUUCACAGAAGGAAAUACCAAAGGGGAUAGAAAAAUGUCCAGAAACCCACGUUCCAGUUUCCUUGAGUUAUCAUCUGAGUGAUAUGUUUUUUGACCUGUUAAACUUUGCAGCCGAGACCCUCGUAUUAGGUGGAAGACUAGUCUAUUGGUUACCAGUGUAUACACCAGAAUACACUGAAGAGAUGGUGCCCUGGCACCCUUGCCUGAAACUCGUUAGCAACUGUGAGCAGAAGCUUUCCAGUCACACAUCAAGGCGCUUGAUCACAAUGGAAAAGGUGAAGAAAUUUGAGAACCGGGACCAGUAUUCACAUCUGCUGAGUGAUCAUGUUCUGCCAUAUCAAGGUCAUAAUUCCUUCCGUGAGAAAUAUUUUAGUGGUGUAACAAAAAGAAUUGCCAAGGAAGAAAAAUCCAGCCAGGAGUGAAAAUUAAGAUUUUGAUGAUGAAGAAAGAAUAAGGAUUUGACAUCUGGAUGUGAACUUUCAUGUUUGAUCCAGAAAACAUGUACUGUUUUAAACUUUUUUAUAUAAAAAAAUUAGUGCUAUAAAGUAAAUUGAGCAAUUCUUUUCAAAUUAUCUUUGUU